AUGCCAGGCGACGAUUCCUGGCCCAGCAGUCUACUCUGGGAUAUCUUUGAUAUCCUGCUGGGCAAACGCUUGAUCAAGACAGUACCGCUGGCAGCAUACUGCUACCCGGACUGGCCGGAGUAUGAUGCAGAUAAGUGCGCCAAUAUUACCUCGCAAUGGGCCGUUUCCAAUCUCCAUAUGGACGACCCAGCUUCUAUCAUGAUGCCCCUGUAUGAGGGUAGAACCUGCAUGGCACCUGGGUGGAAUUACACCAACACUUGUGAGUUGGGUGGGUACCCAACAUACGUUGUCAAUGCGUCCACCGUGGCUCAAAUUCAAUUGGCCAUCAACUUUGCACGUAACCUGCACCUUCGCCUGGUGGUAAAGAACACUGGACAUGACUUCAAUGGCAAGUCAUCCGGUAAAGGCGCUCUGUCCAUCUGGACACACUGGUUGAAAGAUAAGGCGUUUUACCCUCAGUACAUCGCUGCCAAUGGCUAUGUUGGACCUGCCAUUAAAUUCGGUUCUGGGGUUCAGGUCUGGGAAGCUUAUGAGUAUGCGAAGAGCCUCGGUGUUAGCGUCGUUGGCGGAGAAGCUGUUACUGUCGGUCUGGGAGGUGGCUACACUGCAGGUGGUGGUCACUCACCGUUGAGCAGUAUGUAUGGCAUGGCUGCCGAUCAGGUUCUUGCUAUGGAAGUUGUGCUGGCUGACGGGCGCUUCAUCACUGCAUCCUCCACCGAAAACUCCGACAUUUUCUGGAUGCUUCGUGGUGGUGGCGGCAGUACCAUCGGAGUUGUUACUUCUCUGGUUGUUAAAGCUCUCUCAAGAUUGCCAACCACCACAGUUACGUUCAACUUCACCAUCAAUGACGCUCCCAAUGUCGAUGCGUUCUGGAAGGGAGUUGAGUCCUACUUUGACAAUUUCGAGGAUUUUGUUAACGCCGGUACCUACGGCUACUACUAUGUUGGGGCGUCCGCCAUUGAAAUUGGUACUGACUAUGCUGGGUCAACCGACUAUUACUUCCGCAUGCAGUCUUUUGUUGCACCGAACAUGACUAUCGCUGAGACAAAGGCUCUGCUUGCUCCAUGGUAUGAGGUUCUUGAUAGCCAGAAUAUCACCUAUACACCAUGGUACAACUAUGCUGACAAUUUCCAUGACGCUUGGGUUGUCGCGUUCCCUCAAGAAUUCGCCGGAGGUGCUGCAGUCAAAACCGCCUCCCGUCUGAUGCCCCGUAGCGUCUUCCAAGACGAUACUCUCCGUAAACGUACAUAUGCCGCGCACAAAGACGCUACUGAAAAGGGUCUCUUCAUCGCCGGAUUUCACAUCUCCGGAACUGGUAUCGCCGUCGCUCCACCCAACGACACUUCCGUCCUCCCUGCCUGGCGUGACGCUCUCGCUCAUGUUAUUGUCGGCAUUGAAUGGUCUAAUAAUGCCCCUUGGGAGACAGUUCAUAACGCCUCGCUAGCUGUCACAAGCUGGAUGGAUGUCCUGCGUGACAUCGCCCCCGAGUCCGGCGCUUAUAUGAGCGAGGCUGAUCUCCUUGAACCCAACUUGCAGGAGGCCUUCUAUGGAGUCAACUACCCGGCUCUAUACGCACUGAAGCAGAAGUAUGACCCCACUGGUCUGUUUUUUGCGCUAACUGCUGUUGGUGCGGAGGAUUGGGAGGUCAGGACCAUCGACCCUUUACCCUACUCUUGGAAUAACAAUGGACGACUUUGUCCUGUUCCCUCUUAG